CAACAAUACAACUUCAAAAAUAUAGAAGGAUGGAGAAAGGAAAUGGUUUGAGAGGAUUUUUAGCAGUGCUGAUACUUUUAGCACUGCAAGUGGUACUCCCUGUAGCGCAAGAGGAAGAUAUUACUGUGCUUCCUGCGGUAACCGCCCCUUCCCCAGAAACAGAACCGGUUCCUGAAGUCCCUCCGCCCGUCCCUGGAACCCCAUUACUACCUCCACAAUCUCCUUUCAUCCCGCCUGAAAUCUCUCCAGCUCCAAGAACUCAUUCUCUUCCAUCAAUUCUCAUUCCACCACCAACCCCCUCUCCUCAGCCAGUCCUUACCCCUACACCAGCCCCUUCAGCUCCCAAAAAUACUCCUGUCUCGCCGACCUAUCCGAUUCCAAAAAGGCCUUCACACCCUAUAAUCCUUUCUCCUCCAGCAACCCCUUUGAAUCAAGUGAUUCCACCACCUUCACAAGAAAUAACUUGCGAACUAAUGUGUGCUAUGCGUUGCCCAACAUUCCCUUUGUUUUAUAGAUUUUCAUGUUUGAGAAUCUGUACAAUAAGCUGCGGGUUUUCUGAUGCAUCCGACUGCACAAAUCAUUGUGCACAAACCAUGCCUCCCAGUUUAGUCUUCGACAAUGAGAAGAUGGAAAGCUACAUCAAUUACUGCUAUACCAAGUGCACGAAGCGUUAAGUGCCCUAUGCUAUACACUACAAAGGAUGGAAAUAAAUGUGUAAUAUGUAAGGAAAAAUAAAAGUAAAAGGUGAUU